UCCAACCACUACCGCGACGUCAACUACUACUGCAACGACAACAACUCCCACGACAACCCAAAGCAUCACCAUGCCAACCACUACCACGACGUCAACUACUCCAGCAACGACAACAACUCCCACAACAACCGGAACCACCACCAUGCUGACCACUGCCGCGACGUCAACCAUAACCACGCCAACCAGUACCGCGAGAUCAACUACUCCCGCAACGACAACAACUCCCACGACAACCGGAACAACCACCAUGCCGGCCACUGCCGCGAUAACAGCUCCAACCACUACCGCGACGUCAACUACUACUGCAACGACAACAACUCCCACGACAACCCAAAGCAUCACCAUGCCAACCACUACCACGACGUCAACUACUCCAGCAACGACAACAACUCCCACAACAACCGGAACCACCACCAUGCUGACCACUGCCGCGACGUCAACCAACUCCCACGACAACCGAAACAACCACCACCCUGA